GAAUACUAAUCAGUUUCCAUUCUGAAAAUUUUGUCUUUGCUCUGUUUUUAGGGUUUCGUUUUUUUUCUUCUUCUUCUUCUCUAUCAAUGGCUUCUCCUUCUUCUUCAAUAACAAGUUUCUGCUUUCAAUGUGAAGAUUCAUCAAACUCAGUUACCUUCAGAAAUGGCUGGCGCCUUCGUAGUGGCAAAUUCGCACAGCUUUGUCAUCGUUGCGCUUCUGUAUAUGAGUACGGGAGGUUCUGUGAGAUUUUCCAUCCAAGUGACGAUGGCUGGAGAGAUUGUGAAUCUUGUGGGAAGUUGAUCCAUUGUGGAUGUAUUGUGUCUUUCAACUCAUAUCUGCUGUUGGAUUUUGGUGGAAUUAUGUGCAUGGAGUGCUCAAAGAAGAACUUCAUUCUUGCACGGAAUCGCUGCUUGUCCCAUGAAACUCCAGUACCAACUGAAGAAUCUCAGCUGGAUGCCACACAAACCAUGAUAGAACCUCAGUACAGGCCUCGUGUCACAGAGUCAAAAUUGCAGAAGAUCUCCAUAAACUGUGGGCAUGGUGUCACCCCUUUGUUUCAAAAAUCGUUGACUGCCACUGAUGCUGAUCUCACAUUAUCACGUCUUGUGAUUCCCAAAAAGUGUGCUGAGGCUUACUUUCCUCCACUUUCUGGGCCACACAAGAUCCCCAUUAGUAUACUGGAUACCGACGGCAAGGAAUGGAAUUUUCACUUCCGGUUUUGGCCUAAUUCAAGGAGUAAAAUGUAUGUGCUGGAAGGACUUAGAGAUUACAUGGUCUCAAAGAAGUGGCAAGCAGGUGAUGUAGUUACUUUUUAUCGAAUUGAACCAGGACAGAAACUGGUCAUGGGAUUAAGGAAUACUUCGGCUGGUUCUUCCACCUCAUAGAUCUCAGCUUGAUGUCCCGAAACAUGACACUCUACAGUCAACACUCUUACCGGAGGCGGAUCUAUAUGUAACUUAUGAGGUUCACAGGAACUAUACUCAGAUCGUGUACGUGUAUUAUGGAAUUGAUGGAAUCUCUAUAGAUAAUUGAUUGUAAACCCAAUCGUAUCAACUUGAGGUGAAUAGCGAGGAUUCAUAUAGCCUGAUCACAACUUGUUUUGAGAUUGAGGCAUAGUUGUUGUAACUUGAGGUCCCAUUGCCAUUCUAAAUUUAUAUUUGUUUUUAUUAUGUAUAAUUUUAUCUUUUUCUUUCUA